AUGUCACCGAUCACAAAAACCGAUGAGAAGAUUCUGACGACUCUUACCUACGUUGGACUGACCCUGUCCAUAAUCGGAAUAAUUCUUACAAUAAUUUCCUAUGCUCUUUUCACGUAGGGGAAUUUGUUUUAUAGCAUUCCUAACAUAUUACUCCGAAUCCUUCCAAAAAUAGACUAUUUGAUAUCCUUUUUUUCUAAAAAAAUGUAUCAGCGGUUGCUUUUUUUGCAUUUCUUUUAUCUACAGCGAAGUGCGUCAACCUCUCUCCCAAGUAAGGCUGAGUCUCGCUGCUUCUCCGGGAACUGGUCAGAUUAUUUUUCUGGCUGGUAUUAAUGCUAAAGGAGACGAGGUAAGCACUUCGUUUUAAGACCAACUAAAAUCGCCGCUGCAUUAUCCAUUCCCUGAUUGCCUCAGCAUGAAGAAAACAAUGCGGUUGCACAACGCGAGAGAGUUUUUUAAAAUUAUUAUUUCAUUUCUUUUUUUAUUUGUAUUAUCGUUAUGGAUGUAUAUUAUCUUGAUGGUUGAUCUUAUUUCUUUCUGCAUUUUGUCGUUAAAAGUAAGUUAGUUCCUAAAAACCCAAGUACUUCUCGAUCCAUAGGGUGUAUGUGUUGCAGCAGCUGCCUUGAUGCUUUACUUCCUUAUGGCAGCUUUCUGUUGGAUGCUGAUCGAGGGAAUUUUUCUCUACUUCUUCGUUGUGAAGGUGUACAAUAUCAAUGGAAGAAUGGUUAUCUAUCACUUUUUUUCCUGGAGUGAGUUUUUCGACGUUCCUUUCCACUAUCAAACGCUAUAUGGCGCCAUAAAGAGUUUAUCUAGAUUAUAUUCUAAUAUGUAUUUUUUACUUCAAAGUUUAAUUGUAUGAUAUCUUUUAUUAUGAAGGUUUCCCUGCAUUUAUGGUCAGCAUCUCCUUGAUAAUUGCCUCAGCAAAAGACGGUAUUCAUAGCUUUUUCAGCGAGAAAUAG